AUGUCAAAAAAUAUUUUUAUUCUCGGCGCAAGUGGUUUUAUUGGCGGUGAAAUACUUUACCAAUUACUCCAAGAAUUUCCUGAAUUCUCAAUUUCUUGUCUCUUGAGAUCCGAGGAAAAAGCGAAAAAGCUUCAAACUGCUACCGGCAACAGGAUCUCAGUCGUCUUGGGAGACCUCAAAUCAGCUAAUGUUUUAGAACAAAAGUUCCAGGAGGCUGAUAUUGUCAUCACUGCCGCUGAUGUUGAUGAUGAAGAAAGCAUUGAAGUUCUUGCCAAAGUUGCAAAAGUCAAAACUAAACCAUUCUAUAUUAUUCACACUUCGGGUACCUGUGUCCUCAAUGACGGUCUUGGUCCGGACACAGUUAAGAAAUUCAGUGGUGUGCCUUACAAUGAUUUGACCGAUAACGAAAAGCUUAAUCAAUUGCCGGAUGAGCAACCGCAUCGUCGAGUUGAGAAACUCGUUUUGAGUAUUGAGAAAUCCAACCCCAAGUAUGUCAAGACAGCAAUCAUUUGUGCUUCAACAGUCUAUGGGUUCAAUCAUGGUUGGUUCCAUAGAAUCUCGUGCCAGGUUCCAUGGUUGAUCAAAUAUUCUUUAGCUAACGAUCAAGCAUUCUCUGUUUACAAUGGUAAUUACAUUUGGUCUCAUGUACAUGUGCGCGAUUUGGGAAAAUUAUUCAUUUUAGUGUUGAUCAAAAUGCUUGAAGAUGAUAAGGAAUUACCAACAGGUACAAAGGGUUACUUUUUUGCUGAAAAUGGUUAUCAUUACUGGAAAGAUGUUUCCAAGGCUGUUGAGAGAACUUUACUUGAUCGAAACAAGAUCUCUCAAGAGGGUGUAGCGGAAUUGGAGCCAAGCCAAGUGGAAAAACUUUGUAGUGUCCAUUUUGCUCCAUAUAUGUGGGGUACCAAUUGCUUCUCGAAAGCUGAUUUGUCACGAAAGAUUGGCUGGAAAGCUGAUUUCUCUGACGUGACAUUCUGGGAAGACAUAAUCCAGCAGGCUGAUUAUCACUUGGAUGGAACUAUUGCUUCCUAUUAA